CCAGUCGGAGUUUGUCCUUUUUUGGAGCAGCACCAAACCAGACUGUGAUGGAAGAACACAGGACUGAUUCGAUGACCGCUGUGCAGAACUGCCUCAACCGCUCCUGUGGCAGGCCGUGCUUCAUCCUCUGCUGGGCCUUUUUGAGGACGGAGUUGAUGCUGAUCGCCCUCUUCAGGUCCUGAGGGACUGUAAUUCCCAGGAACUUGAAGGUCUCGACGGUUGACACAAGGCAGUUGGAGAGGGUGAGGGGCAGCUGUGGCGAAGGAUGCCUCCUGAAGUCCACGAUCGUCUCUACAGUCUUGAGCGUGUUCAGUUCCAGGUUGUGUCGGCCGAACCACAGCUCCAGUCGCUCCGCUUCCUGUUACUAUGCAGACUCGUCACCGUCCUUAAUGAGGCCGAUGACAGUGGUGUCAUCUGCAAACUUCAGGAGUUUGACAGCCAGGUGCGUUGAGAUGCAGUUGUUUGUGUAGAGAGAGAAGAGUAGUGGAGAGAGGACACAUCUUUGGGGUGCCCCAGUGCUGAUGCUGCGUGUGGAUGAGGUGGCCUCACCUAGUGUGUCCUGCCCGUCAGAAAGCUGUAAAUCCACUGGCAGAUGGCAGGCGAGACGCUGAGCUGGAGAAGCUUGGAGGAAAGGAGUUCAGGGAUGAUGGUGUUGAACGCAGAGCUGAAGUCCACGACCAGGAUCCUCGCGUAGGCCCCCGCGCUGUCGAGGUGUUCUAGGAUGAAGUGCAGACCCGUGUUGACUGCAUCAUCCGCAGACCUGUUUGCUCGAUCAUGCCCCCUAGAUAGCAGUCUGGUCCUCUUCAUUACCCCCCCUGGUCCCUUCCUAAAUAUUUGGGCUCUGAGUCCACCACUGCCACGUGUGUUACCGAAGCCACCAUGCCCCCAAGGAAGAGGACAAGGGCGGGCCUGGGGUUCCUGUGCUGCUUCGGCAGCAGUGAACCCCCAGAGAUCAACCUAAAGGACAGUGUGCCCUUGCAGCUACUGGAAUUCAGUGCCCCCAUGCCACCCGCCGAAGAGCUGCAUGCUCGGUUCUCAGAGCUGGUGGAUGAGUUGGAUUUGACUGAUAAGAAUAGAGAGGCCAUGUUCGCUUUGCCGGAUGAAAAGAAAUGGCAGAUCUAUUGCAGUAAAAAGAAGGAGCAAGAGGACCCGAACAAGCUGGCUACAAGCUGGCCUGACUACUACAUUGACCGAAUCAACUCCAUGGCUGCUAUGCAGACCCUGUUUGCCUUUGAUGAGGAGGAAAUGGAAAUGAGGAACAAGGUGGUGGAAGAUCUGAAGACGGCGCUUCGGACUCAGCCAAUGAGGUUUGUGACGCGCUUCAUUGAGCUGGAUGGCCUCACGUGCCUCCUCAACUUCCUACGCAGCAUGGACUACGAGACCUCGGAGAGCCGUGUCCACACCUCCGUCAUCGGGUGCAUCAAGGCUCUCAUGAACAAUUCUCAGGGUCGGGCGCACGUGCUCGCUCACCCGCAGAGCAUCAACACCAUCUCACAGAGCUUGCGAACGGAGAACGUAAAGACCAAAGUGGCCGUCCUGGAGAUUCUCGGGGCAGUGUGUCUGGUCCCCGACGGGCACAAGAAAGUGUUACAGGCCAUGGCUCACUACCAAAAAUAUGCAGCAGAGAGGACUCGUUUUCAGACGCUGCUGAAUGAGCUGGACAGGAGUACGGGACGCUACAGAGAUGAGGUCAACUUGAAGACUGCUAUUAUGUCCUUCAUCAACGCUGUGCUCAAUGCGGGAGCAGGAGAGGACAACCUUGAGUUCCGCCUCCACCUGAGGUACGAAUUCCUGAUGCUGGGCAUCCAGCCAGUUAUCGACAAGCUCCGAGAGCAUGAAAACGCCACUCUGGAUCGGCAUUUGGAUUUUUUUGAAAUGGUACGCAAUGAGGAUGACUCCGAGUUGGCCAAAAGGUUUGACCUGACCCACGUAGACACCAAAAGUGCCGGUGCCAUGUUUGAGCUGGUUAAAAAGAAGCUGAGCCACUCUGAGGCCUACCCACACCUCCUCUCCAUCCUCCAGCACUGCCUGCAGAUGCCAUAUAAGCGUGGCGGAAGCAGCAGGCAUCACUGGCAGCUUCUCGACAGGAUCCUCCAGCAGCUAGUCCUCCAGGACGACAAGGGGGAGGAUCCCGACCUUUCCCCGCUGGACAACUUCAAUGUUAAAAACAUAAUUCGCAUGCUGGUCAACGAGAACGAGGUGAAACAGUGGAGAGACCAGGCCGAGAAGUUCCGGAAAGAUCAUGUCGAGCUGCUUGGCAAACUGGAGAGGAAGGAGCGAGAGUGUGAGACCAAGACCCAGGAAAAAGAGGACAUGAUGAGGACUCUCAACAAGAUGAAGGAUAAACUCCAGCGUGAGGGCGUGGAGCUACGCUCAGCUAGGGAGCAAGUCCUGGAUCUAUCAACGCGCAUCAAUGACUGUGGUUUGGUGGGCAGCGUGUCUUUCCCACCACCACCUCCUCCUCCUCCAGGAGCUCCCACGGCUCCGCCUCCAGCGCCAAUGAUGGGUGACUUUCCUCCACCCCCUCCGCCUCCGCUGCCCUUCAGUUGCCCACCUCCACCACCGCCACCUCCCCCACCUGGCGCCCCACCUCCUCCACCAGGAGCCCCUCCCAUUUUUGGAAUCCCGCCUCCCCCUAUUCCCUCUUCUUUCAAUUCGGCGAGCACGCUGCGCUCCAAGUCCACCCCCCAGCCGUCGCAUCCGCUGAAAUCUUUCAACUGGGCUAAACUAGGAGAGCAUAUGAUCAAUGGCACUAUCUGGAAUGAUAUUGAUGACCUGAAAGCUUUUAAGAUCCUUGACCUCAAGGACAUAGAAAAGAUGUUUUCAGCCUAUCAAAGACAACAGGACCUGCUCACUAACCAAUCCUUCAAGCAGAAGGAGACCGGUUCCAUGGAUGACUUAUAUGUCAGCACGCGGAAAGUCAAGGAGCUCUCAGUCAUUGAUGGCCGACGCGCGCAAAACUGUGUCAUCCUUCUUUCAAAGUUAAAAAUGAGCAAUGAAGAGAUCAAGAGGGCAAUCCUAGAGAUGGAUGAGCGAGAAGAAUUGGCCAAAGAUAUGCUGGAGCAGUUGCUGAAGUUUGUCCCGGAGAAGAGCGACAUCGAUCUCCUGGAGGAGCACAAACAUGAGCUCGAGCGCAUGGCCAGAGCGGAUCGCUUCCUGUAUGAAAUGAGCAGAAUUGACCACUACCAGCAGAGACUGCAGGCUCUGUUCUUUAAGAAGAAGUUUGCAGAGCGCCUUGCUGAAUCCAAACCAAAGGUAGAAGCCAUUCUGAAUGCUUCCAAGGAGGUGGUCCGGAGCAAGAGGCUCACGCAGAUCCUGGAGGUUGUGCUCGCCUUCGGCAACUUCAUGAACAAGGGCCAGCGAGGAAACGCCUUUGGGUUCAAGGUCUCCAGUCUCAAUAAGAUUGCUGACACCAAGUCCAGCAUAGAUAGGAACAUCACCAUGCUGCACUACCUGAUCAUGAUCUUUGAGAAGAGCUACCCUGACACGCUGCACAUCCAUCUGGACCUCAGCAGCAUAUCAGAGGCUGCAAAAGUCAAUUUGGCAGAGUUGGAAAAAGAGGUGCAUAGUAUAAAAAGUGGACUGAAGGCUCUCGAGGCGGAGCUGCACUACCAGCAGAGCGGGACGAGGGAACGUGGAGACAAGUUUGUAGCCGUGAUCGGUGACUUCAUCACCGUGGCUGGCUUCAGUUUCUCCGAACUGGACGAUCAGUUGAGCGAGGCCAAGGACAAGUUCACCAAAUCUCUGAAGCACUUCGGGGAGGACGAAGGGAGGAUGCAGCCCGACGAGUUCUUUGGGAUUUUCGACACCUUCUUGCAGUCGUUCGGCGAGGCCCGUCAAGACCUGGAAAACAUGCAGCGACGCAAGGACGAGGAGGAGAGGAGGGCGCGCAUGGAGGCCAUGCUCAAGGAGCAGCGGGAGCGGGAACGCCGGCCCAAGAAGAGCGGCACCUCAGACGAGGUCGGAGGGGAAUUUGACGACCUGGUGUCGGCGCUGCGUUCGGGCGAGGUUUUCGACAAGGACCUGAACAAAUUCAAACGCAACCGCAAGCGCUCCGUCAACCAGCUGGUGGAGGGCGGUGGCGGUGGCGGUGGCGGAGGCGGGCGGGAACGGGCCGUCACAAAGGUCAACUACUAGGAGGUCAGGAAAAACCGAGACGCCCUAAGCUCGGCCCCGAUGCGGAUCUCACGUGGUCCGAGUUCUCCGACUGUGUCCAAACAUGCGAACGACCUGGCCCCACCCACAACCACCCCCGGACGUUACGUGAUCUCCUGAUCUGGACGCAGGGCAGGCGGGCUCGUGGGCGCAAACCACUGUGACACAUCGUCACGUGACUUUGACCGCUGUGCUUAAGCUUCUCGCCAUCUGUCACUUCCUGUUUGUCACCGCUUCUUCCCCAAAAACGGUUUCACUUCGUCCCCCCGUCUGGGAUCACAUGCGCGCAGACGAAAAGCAAGAACGCUUUGGGAAUGAAGCGAAGCCACAUCUGGGAACCAUCGAGUCGGGAUGGAAGAUCUUCCAAAUGCCAGUGAGGAACGGUGCAGCUGGCGGUCACGUGACCUCAGUGUGUUCUCAGUGCAGCGUCAAUGUGUCAAUGUCCACAACAUUGUUCCGGCAUCAAGCAAGCGGUGCCAAAGCAGAAGAAACGUGUCCAUGUAUUCGGAAAACAUCUUGCAAUUCGGCAUUUCUAUUUAUAGCAAAAGCAUUUUGAAAAUGUUUGGGGGGUUUUGUACACUCACAUCGAGUGAAUUUCUCUUUUUCUUUUGUCUUGUUUGCACUGCAGCCUGUCUUGUCUUGUCUUGCCAGAAAGGUUAGUGUGCGUCCUCUCCUCUCCUCUCCUCUCCUCUCCCUCGCCAACAAACCAGCCUGCGUGCUCCACUUUACUAAUGGGCCUUAAUUAAGCUUCUCAAUUCAAAAUAGCUAGCCUCGGGUCUCAGCCGUCAGUCGAAUUUUUAACACCACCGGCGAGAUUCUGCCGAGCUGCCGUUCCACGUCUAUGCUUGUUGCAAAGUCAUUGGCCUUUACGGAUUCCUAUAUAGUCUAGAAAUGGUGCACAUGAGAGACGAUGACAUUGCAACAAGCAUAGACAAAAAGAAACAAAAUAUCUGCUUGUUUGCAUUUUACUGCUGCAAACAUGGGUUGGUUUUUGAAGAUCUGAUAGAAUUGAAUAUCUCUCAAAUCUUCGCUCAUGUGCUCAAUGCUGCAAUGUAUGUGGUGGGCUCAUUGCAAGCGCCAUCUAGUUUGUUACCACUAGAGGGCACCAUGUUCACUAAAGUCCGAGCGUAGAGGACAGCUGACAAUGAAGGAUACGAUACUGGAAUGUAUUCAACAUCGGCACAGAAUGUGAGAUGCCCUCCUUUAUGUGACACAAACUCGACCCUCAUCAUUCCUUGCAAAAAUAAUACAUCCAAUAUUCAGUUCGACUUGAAUAUCUUGAUAGGAUUUGCACAACGUAUUGUUUUAAAGCGCUUCCGAGCACGCGUCCCAAUGCACGUGACUCAACAAGCAUUUGGUAUGAAUCCCUCAUACAGUUUUACGAUGAGAAAAGAAGGCACCAUAUUUUCUGAUGUUUCUAACACAUGUUGUAAUGUUGCCGUCAGCUUCUUUUUGACCACAUAAUCACCUUGAAGUGCCUCCGACCCCAAGUACCAUUCCUCUUAUGUGUGCGGGGCUGCUAAUGGAUGACAGUACAUGUUGGUUGGUUGGGGGGGGGGUGCAGCUGAUGUAUUCGAAGCAUUGGCGCCUGCUUGCGUUCACAUGCAGUAAACGAUAAAAAGCAGCUCUGUAGCUGGAUCCCAGGACAGUAAAUAUUCACUUGUGUGUCCUAAAAGAAGUCUUAAAGGGGAAGUUUCGUCCUUAUAUUAUUUUGCCUUUGACAUUUGUCCUCAAAGUGAAGCAGAGACGCUUGUGUGAGCCCCACCUCCGAAUGAACCGACUUGUGUUGUCCCUGAAUUCAAGCAGCACCACUUUAACCAGCAUCUUCUGUAUAUUCCAGCUGGUCUUUCCUGCCCAACCUCUGCUCCGUUAUCUUUCCAGCUAAUCAGUUAGUAUAUCAAACUUGCCAGAACUUUAUCCCCACAUUUUAGGGCAAACUAUUUACUGCAACGUUGUCAGUAUUACAGGUGUGUUUUGUUCCACGUUUGGAUGUUUGUUAUCGGCCAUUGACUGGCUGACUUUGGAGUGUAAAAGAAGGAAAUGGAGGAAUGACAUGAGUAGCUUUUUUCAAUGCACUUUUAUUAUGGGACAUUUCUAUUUGCAAUGUUGUUUUGAGGGUUUAGACUUCUUGGAACUGCGAAGGGUGCUGCAAAAAAAAGAGGAAAGAGGCAAGUGAUUGGUGCUCCGGCUGGGCCGCUGGAAAAACAAUGGAUGAGAGACGGGAUUGUGGAGGACACAGACCGUACAUGUCUGUGUCAGUGGCUUUGGCAUGUUAAUAAUAAUAAUAAAUAUGGGGAAUGUUUAGUUUUCUGUCCAAAUGUGCACUUGGCAUCCAGCUGCAUGCCCAAAGAAGCGUGCACGCAGUGUGAUGUAUUCAGUUUAACCUUUGAAUAGGAAAAGUUGCUUGUGCUAUUAAAUUUAAGGGGAAAAAAAGAAGCACCGUGUUAUACAUCACUUUGUACUGCCUGACAAAUGUUGCACCCACUUUUCGGCGGCUGUGUAAUUGUAAGGAGUCUGUAUUUUAUAGCAUUGAAAAUAAAGUACCCUUCACAGCAAAAUGUACAGUUGCAAGAGAAAAAAAACAAACAUAUUUUGUACACCGAUCUUGAUGUUUGAGAUAAAACUAAAACACCAUUAAAUAUUGAGUGAGCAAUGUUGCGUUUUCCUGUAAAUUGUACCUCUAUUUAUUUGCCUUAUUUAGUUUGCUAUAUUUUGUAUGUACACACAGCAUUACAAGAAAUUCUAUAUUAAAAUAUGAUUAAUAAACUGGUCUGUGUAUGGUGGAUAAUUUUGAGACGUGGAAGAAUGACAAUGUUUUGUUUUUAAUUUCUAUAAUGUUAUUUUUGUUUUGCAUUUUUCUCACCCUGUGUCUUUUGUAGGGUUACAAUAAAGCUUUGUCCCUUGCA